CUUUUUAUGCAAUGCAGAUGUGGUAAAAUUGCAAAUGAGUCCCUCUCUCGAAGCUCGUGCAUAUCACGUGGCGGAAUUGAGAGCAGUUGAUAAUAGAGUCAAUGAUCGAACAUGCAGUUUUGUAUCUACGAGUAUAUUUCUUAGGAAAAAAUAAUUGUCCCAAAACCUACUCUUCCUUCCGUUUUAAUUAGAUGAUUAUUCAAUUUCCCUUCAAAGACUACAAUUAUUGUUGUGGUAAUUAUAGCUGAAGUUACUAGUAUUGUCUAAUUUGUGAUUUUUUGUGUUUGGAUUUAUUUAUCAUUUAAUGCUUUUUGUGUGGGAAAUAUGAUUAUUGGAUCAUUAGAUAUGUAUCAUGUAUGCAUCUUGAAUCUGGCUGGGUUUGUUCGAGGAUCAUGUGAAUCGGUAAAAUGGUUGGGCAAUAAUUGCAUUUCCGUUAUUUUAAUAAAUCUUGAGAAAAUUUAGCAAGAUGUUAAGUGGCAGUAUAAUCUGAGCAGAGCAAAUGCAGGAGAAAUGAUUCAGUUAAAUCAAUUUUUCUUGAACUUAUGGAGAAUUGCUGUGUAGUUUGUUUUUGUUUCUUGCAUUCUUAGUGACUUUAAGCAUCAGGAAUUCAGCUAGUUCUACCAUUUUAGUUGAUAAUUAAACUCUCUUAUUUUAGAAUGUGAUUCAAUCACACAUCAAUUUGUGAUGUGCAUGAAAAGUAUAAAGUUCUUGGAAUAUUGUACUCUUUUCCCUAUUUAUAUUCUCCUUAAUUUUAUGUUUCAGUGAUGCGUAUAUCUUGUUUCAGUUAUGGAGUGUGAAGGGGAUCAUGGAGAGGUUUUUAGAGGAUAAAACCAGUGCUUAUGAUAACAAAUGUGUAAUAUUCUCUCCUGGGGUUAAAGUUAUAAAUACAGACCACGGAGGUGGCUGUGGGCCACGUUCGGAGAUUACUACUAAAGAAACUGAACAGGCUCAGCCAGAAGUUCAGAUUCUUCUGAUAUAGUGACAUCAUCAAAUGCUUCUUGUGAAGAUAUCGUUCAAUUGAAAUCUCGAAUUAUACCUCCCUACUCUAUAGUAGAGAGUAAUGUUUGUGGAGGCUGAAGCAGGUUGGAAGAGUGUGUUAAAGACAUGUUACCAAUUCUAUCGCCUUCGGUCCAAGUGAUGGAAUAGAAUGCCCCAAGGAUUAUGAUCCCGGUAGUCCUGCUUAUAUCUUUAUUAGUGACUCUCCGAUAAUGGAAGAGGGUGCUUCUUCUAAUGAGUUGAUGUUCAGCAUUCAUAUGGGGAACGAUAGUUUCUGUACAUAUGAUGCAACCGAUACGGGUGCAGACUUAGAUAAAUCGGAGCAAGCCUUAAGCUCUGGAGAAGCUGGAGAUAAUCACAAAAGAAAGGAGUGUCAGUCUAUGGAGCACUUGAAGGGUAAUAAUGAAGAAGGUAGAGUGAGUUGGGUAGGUUUGACCAAAUUUCGCCAACUACUAAAGGAGUAAAACCGAACAAAAGGUCAGACAUGGGGAAGACCAUGAGCAUGGAUGUGAAACAUGGAGAGAAGAGAAUGAUUGGUGAAGUUUGAGAGAGUCUAGUAAAUAACCAAGUUGACAACAGUGCAUGAGGAUCGAGCGAUACUAGUUCCAAACACUAACCAGAUGGAAUGGUUGCUUUGCCAAAAAAGAAGAAAUUGUCAUGGAAAUCGUGCCAUUGUUUUGAGUGGCCUAGCUGCUGCAGUAAAUUUCCAGGUUGCUUGUGCAAAUGUUUUGAGAGGCAAAGCAUUCCAUCGAAGUAUCCGAGAUGGGCAGGCAGCUGCUUUAGAUGCUUUUAUUGGCCUUGCCUCAAGUGCCAAUGUUGAAAUUGUACUUCAACUGUUGUGAUUCCAAUAAUACGUAUGCUGAUCUUCCACAUAGUAGAAAUGCCGGAAAAUAGGAGGAUAACCACUUCCGAGAAAAUAAAGGCCAGAGCACCAGCCUCUCGAUCGUGCCAGUAUGCUGCCAAGCUCUGUGAAGGAAGCAAACCAAAAGGCACACUCUUCCUUUUCGUGUUCUAGUUCUUGUUGUUCUUGCCCAUGUUGUUGUUGAUGAUGUGCGCCUUUAACUGGCCUUCCUCUUUUAUCGAGCCUUUGUCGUUGCUUUAUAGCUUCUCGGACAGAACUAGAUGUGCAUUUAGUUGAUAAUUCUAAUCUAGACACCUUUAUUUUUCCUAUAACCUUGAAAUAGAGGUUGAUGCUUUUGGCUUAUAAAAAACUCAAUUUACAUUAGUUAGAUAUAAUCAGUUGCACUAGCUCUGCUAUCGUUGCUCGCUUAGUAGCCAAUUCGUCACUCAAUGCUCUCUAAUUUAGUACCAGGUUCACUUUAUUCCCCAAUAAAGUUUAUAGUAUUUAAAUAUUCUCUGCUUUUCAAAUUUGUUAUAACCACUAAUAAAUGCGGACAUAUCCCAACUCAGAAAAGCAGCAGGAAUUUGAGGUCUCUUUAACGUUGUAUAGAAUGCUGACUAAUAGUCAGAUUCAAAAUAUUUUCACAUAAUUUGAAAAUCUCAGAAAAUUCCAGACUUUAAUGCUUUGGGGCUACUGCCUUCAGUUACAACUCGGAAUACCAUAUGAACUCUGACAAAUAUUUUCCACCUUCCUUAAUAUCCCUCUGCAAUCCUAUGAAAUACUAUAACAUUAUUCAAAAGGAAUACUCCAUUUAUUUGUACAAAUGAAGAUUCUGUGAAGAACCCACCAAAUAUAUUUACAAGAUUGUUCCUUUCCAAAUAUGAAUAUGAAUAUUAAUUUUAAUAAUAAAAUGCUGUCCAUAGAUUUCUUUGCCCUCUGUAUCUAAUGCACUGAAGCAAAACGAUGCCGUUUUGGGGAUUCACUCUCAGCCGUUAUGCUUCAGACAGUUAUUACUACGUGUACCACAUUUCCUGUCGUGCCACGUGGGCGAACAAAAAGGGGGCUUGAAAACCCCUGUUGGAUUCUAAAAACUGCGCGCCCAUUGAGCCAGUAGGACCCACCCUAGUACCCAGAGUUUCUUCCUGGGACCCACUUCCUUCCUUCGCUUUAAAGAUUUUUGGGAAAAAAGAUUGUUUGGGAAAAAAUAGUAAGCUUGGAAGCAGUAAUAGUAAUACCAAUCUGCAGAAGAAAGAGAGGCAGCAGAUAUAGUUUUGCUAACUCUGAGGUUUCUUUCUUUCGUUUUCUGCACAAUCUACUGUUUAAUGUUGAAAUGGAAAAAUGGAUUCUUUGUCAUUUCAGUUCUGUGUUUUUUGCAGAUGCUAAAGCGACUUUUUUUAGUGUUUUUGAAACUCUGUUGCUUCUUCUUAUUUGUCUCUUCUUUUAUUACUUUCUAAUGUGUUCUGAUUUUCAAGAUUUAUUUUUUGAAUUUGUGCUGAAUUCUAUGGUGGUGCUUUUUUGUUUGUUGAAGAUUGAGAGGAAUAGCGGCGGUGGCAGAGAUGGUGAUGAAGGUUUUUCUGCUUUCUGCUGCAGUUGAUCUGCUUUUUCUGUGCAUUCUGUCGUCUGUUUCUGCACAAUCCUCUGAUGAAAGAAUGGCACUUCUUGGAUUGAAGAGAUCCUUUUCUGAUCCUCAUGGGAUUCUCGACAGCUGGAAUGCCAGUAGCUCCGACCACUGCUCGUGGUUCGGAGUUUCCUGCAGUUCUGAUUUCAGAGUUACGAGGCUGGAAAUCAGAGGUAAUUUCUAUGGCUCUCAUCCUUGCUCUAUCGAGUCGGAAUCGGCGUUGCAUGGUUUUAGAAUCACGAGAAACUGCUCGGGUUGGUCUGUGGCUAGUGGGGCUCUAGGGGGAAGAUUAUCGGCUGUUAUAGGAAAGUUGACGAAACUUAGGGUUCUAUCGCUUCGUUAUAAUGGAAUUGGUGGUAAGGUUCCUUCUGAGAUAUGGGGAUUGACAAAUCUUCAAGUGCUUGAUCUUGAAGGGAAUGACUGUCUUGGUCGUUUCUCGGAUUUUGAAUUCUUCGGUUUGAGGGAUUUAAGGGUUCUUAAUCUUGCGUAUAACAGGGUUUUUGGGAGGUUUUCACCUUCUCUGUCAGAAUGUAGGGGCUUACGGAUUUUGAAUUUAGCGGGAAAUGGAAUCGUGGGCGUCAUCCCCGAUUUUCUCGCGGGGUUUGGGAAGUUGAGAGUUAUAAAUUUGUCGUUUAACCGGUUGGUUGGCUACAUUCCAAGUACUCUUGGAUACGAUUGUGCGAAUCUCGAGCAUUUGGAUUUGUCGCAUAACUUCCUAAAAGGGAAAAUUCCGCGAGCUUUAGAGAAGUGCGGCCGUUUGAGGACAAUUUUGCUAUCGUCAAACGCACUACAUGGCGCUAUCCCUGGUGAGCUUGGGAAACUUCGAAAUCUUGAAGUUUUAAACGUGGCAAGAAAUGGAUUAAGUGGGCCUCUCCCUGCGAAUCUAGGGAAUUGUACUCGUUUGUCGGUUCUUGUCCUCACGGGUCACUUCAAUGCUCUCCGCGUGAAGAGUCAUCCACGUGGCAGAGCGCCUCAUAGAUCUUCUGAUGCAGCUUUGGGUCAUGAUAAUGAUUAUAACUCCUUCAGAGGUACCAUUCCUGAAGAUAUAACAACACUUCCAAAACUCGAGAUUUUGUGGGCUCCGGGCGCAGGCUUUGAAGGCCACUUUCCGAGAAAUUGGGGCCGUUGUAAGAGCAUGAUGGCGGUAAACCUAGCUCGGAACCAGUUUACAGGUGAUAUUCUUGGACUAUCUACAAAAUGCACUAAUCUUCAAUACCUCAACUUGAGCUCUAACAGGCUGACUGAGAGAUUGGAUGAAAAUCUUCAGUCAUCGUGUGUAACGAAGCUCGAUUUGAGUGGGAAUCUGUUAUCUGGUCCAAUCCCGAGUUUGAACUGCCAUCAUCGGACUUCCAUCUACGAUUCAUAUGUUCCUUACUCGUCCUUCUUGGCUCUUGAGGUCCUGGUUACAGACAAUGAUCUUCGCCACGAGACACAAAAAGAAUUACUGAAACAGAUUCAAGCACCUCCUCCUAAAGAGGCAGGACUCAGUUUGAAGGGCAAUGAUCAUCGACUACGUAACUUAAUCGUGGCAUCCGUGGUAUCUGGUUUCGUUGCAGUGGCUAUGAUUUUGAUAACUCUGAUCUGUUAUAGCAGAAGGAAGAAACCGGUGACAACGCCGGCGACUGAGAUUCCAGCCUCGACUGAGUCAGAGAAAGUCAUCCUCUUCAGUGACGUAGGCGUGGAUCUGACCUUUGACGACAUAGUCGAGGCAACGGAUAAUUUCAACAUAAGAAAAUGCAUUGGAAGCGGCGGAUUUGGCAAGACCUACCGCGCACAAUUAGCUUCGGGGAGAAAUGUGGCGGUGAAGAGGCUGACUGCAGAGAGGCACCAAGGCGCGGGGCAGUUCCACGCCGAGGUGAGCACGUUAAGCCAAAUUAGGCACCCGAAUCUCAUCACGCUCUUGGGCUAUUACGCGUGUGGACCGGAGAUGAUGUUGAUAUAUAACUAUCUGCCUGGAGGGAAUCUCGACCAGUUCAUCAGGGAUCGCACGAGGAGAACCUUCGACUACGCGACGCUGCACAAGAUCGCACUCCACAUCGCCUCCGCACUCUGCUACCUGCACGACCAGUGCAUCCCGCGCAUCCUGCACCGAGAUAUCAAGCCUAGCAACAUCCUGUUGGAUGGCAACUGCAACGCGUAUCUGGCGGACUUUGGACUGAGCAAGGUACUCGAGGGCCCAGAGAGCCAUGCCAUGACGCGUGUGGCUGGGACCUAUGGGUACAUAUCUCCGGAGUAUGCGCUGACAGGGGUGGUCUCGGACAGGGCGGACGUGUUCAGCUAUGGCGUGGUUCUUCUGGAGCUCAUGUCGGAGAAGCGGGUGCUCGACCCCUCGUUCUACUUGCACAAAAACGGAUUCAACAUCGUGUCGUGGGCGUGUAUGCUGCUCGAGCAGGGUCAGGUGAAGGAGGUGUUUGCGGACGGCCUGUGGGACGCGGGACCACAUGACAAACUGGUGAAAUUGCUGCACGUGGCCGUGAUGUGCACCGUCGAGUCUGUUACGGAGCGGCCGGCAAUUAGGCAGGUGGUGCACCAGUUGCAGCAGAUUGAGCCUUGUAGUGAUUGAGUUGUGCAAUAAGGCAAGAAGCGCCACUCCAUAUUUUACCUGUUUUGGAGUGAGCCAUUUCUAAAUUAGAUGAAAAAUGAUCAACUGUGGAUAAUAGUUUUAUGCCAUUUCUGAUUUCUUUUACCUGCAUUUUGCAUUGUUUUCUGGAAUAUACUAUCAUUUUCCUUUGGGGGAA